GGCUUCGGUGCAGGGCCGAGCGUUUCAGCCCGCCUGCACUCGCCUAGUCCAUCGCCCGGUGUCGACUAAUGCAGUUGCUGUGGAGGCACCUGCGGCCCCGUCAACAUCCGUUGCUGCUGCGGUCGAGGCGCCCAGCUAUAGGGCUCACCUGGAUUUUAAGUUUAUGAAGGAAAAUGUCGAUAUGGUUGCCAAAAACUGCAAGGACCGCUUCAGCAGCGCGGACCCGCACAAGGUGGUGGCUCUUUACGAUGAGUUUGUGGCGCUGAAGUCACAGGCAGACAGCCUGCGCGCGGAGCGGAAUGAGAACAGCAAUGCCAUGAAGGGCAAGCUGGAGGCGGACAAACGCGCGGCGCUGAUCGCCCGCGGGCAGGAGCUGAAGGACGAGCUGGCGGCGGUGGAGGAGCGGCUCGGAGGGGUGGAGGCGGCGCUGCAGCGCGAGGGCCAGCGGGUGCCCAACCUGACGCACCCGCAGGUGCCCAUCGGCGGCGAGGAGCACGCGGCCGUGCUCAAGGAGGUGGGCAGCCCGCGCGCCUUCACCUUCCCGGUGAAGGACCACGUGGCGCUGGCGGAGGCGCUGGACAUGGUGGACUUUGAGAGCGCGGCGGAGGUGUCGGGUCAGAAGUUCUACUACCUGCGUAACGCUGGGGCGCUGCUUGAGCUGGCGCUAGUCAACUACGCCUUCAACAAGGUUGUGUCUCGCGGCUUCACGCCCAUCAUGACGCCCGACCUGGUCAAGGCCUCGGUGCUGGAGAAGUGCGGCUUCCAGCCCCGCGGCUCGGGCACACAGAUCUACGCUGUGGAGGACUCGCCGCUGUGCCUGACCGGCACUGCCGAGGUGCCGCUGGGCGGCGUGUACAUGGACCGCAUCGUGCCGGAGGCCGAGCUGCCCGUCAAGAUGGUGGCGUUCGGCCACUGCUUCCGGACCGAGGCCGGGGCGGCGGGCAUGGCCGGCAAGGGGCUGUACCGCGUGCACCAGUUCUCCAAGGUGGAGAUGUUUGUGCUGGCCACCCCGGCGCAGUCGGAGGCGCUGCACCAGGAGCUCAUCGACAUUGAGGCCGACAUGUUCACAGAGCUGGGGCUGCACUUCAAGGUGUUGGACAUGCCCAGCGGCGACCUGGGCGCGCCCGCCUUCCGCAAGUACGACGUGGAGGCCUGGAUGCCGGGGCUGCAGCGCUACGGCGAGAUCAGCUCCGCCUCCAACUGCACCGACUACCAGUCGCGCCGGCUCAACAUCCGCUACAGGCCGGGGGCAGUCGCCAAGGAGGCCGGCUCGGACAGCGACGGCGGCGCGGAGGCGGGCAAGAAGGGCGCGGGCAAGAAGGGCGGCGCGGGCAAGAAGGGCGGCGCGGGCGGCAGCGGCGGCAAGACCGAGUUCGUGCACACGCUCAACGCCACGGCGUGUGCGGUGCCGCGCAUGAUCGUGGCCAUCCUGGAGAACUUCCAACAGGAGGACGGCAGUGUGGUGGUGCCGCUGCCGCUGCGGCCCUACCUGGGCGGCAUGGAGGUCAUCCGGCCGCCCGCCAAGAACCACCAGCUGGCUGCCCUAGACGCGAAGGCGGUGAAGGCGUGGCUUCAGGACGCCAGCUGGAAGGGCCGCGCCAACAAGAACAAUCCGCGGUUUUAUGCGGACGUGCCGGCGGACGACAGCGGGCCGUUUGCGGCCAUCCGCAAGGCUAUCAUAGACGCCAUCAACAAGGCGGAGAGGAAGAAGCGCCAGAAGGGCAAGAAGUGCGCACUCGUGAAGAUGUACGCCAUCUUUACUAAGACGGGCGGCUCCCACGCUCCCCACGGCGACGGCUCCCGCCGCGGGAUGGCCGGCUACAAGCUGCGCUACGUGAUGAAGGUGGGCGGCACGGGCAAGACGGGCCGCAUCCACCUGAAGAUGAAGGGUGAGGAGGAGAUGGCGUACGAGUACGAGGCCGCGUAUUCGAUGGACGCGGCGACCGGCUCCUCGCCCAACAAGCAUCGCGUGGCUCCCGUGGCCGCCCCCACGUGCGUGCUGGUCGCAUCCGUGUACGGCGGCGCCCUGACCCCCGCCGCCGCGGCCAAGGCCAAGAUGUCGGCGGCCAAGAAGGGCAAGAAGCACACCGCCGCCACCAAGGCCAAGAUAUCGGCGGCCAAGAAGGGCAAGAAGCACACCGCCGCCACCAAGGCCAAGAUAUCGGCGGCUAUGAAGGGCAACACCAACAGGAUGAAGAAACGUUAAACCAAGUUGCUGCUGUGCUGAACAAAGUAUUGAACGAAGACUGUACCUUACCGGGCGUUAGGCUGGGCGGCGCAAUGAAGGACUGGUACAUGUGCAGCACGCUGAAGGCGGUGGUUUGAUGGUGACGUGGAUGGCUGUGGAGACACUAGCAUAGCAGUUGUGCAUGCAGCUAUGCCCUACAAUAUUGUUAUGGACCUGGCUAAAAGAUCUGGGGCGGUUCGUUUGAUGGAUCUGGCCACGGGGACAGCGUCGUGGCGAACAGUGCAGGCAGCAGGUACUCGUGCUUACAGACGGCGUUGCAGGGACGGGCCUGUGUCGUGGAUGUUUGAGCUCGGGCAGGUUGGUCAACACGGUGCAGGCCAGGGGUUUCAGCAAAGGCCAAUUCAGGCGCGUUGGUGGUUGCAUGGUCGCGUGUUAGUCAAACGUAUGGGUACGGUAGUGUUCUGUCAAGGGAAUGCAGCAUGCAUGAGGCGAGUCUGCUGCGACGCAGACCACCAAGGGAAGGCUGUGCUCGAGGCCAACUGAGUCAGAUCGGUAACUGUGUGAACUGUGUGAAGCUGGUGUGACUUGUGUGCGGAGUGACCAAAGACGUGGAUGGACGGGUGCCCUGCUUCACCGACUUUGUCCCAUCACUGAGUGACUCAGCAGACCGUACUAGCUGUCUUGCGGUGUUUAGGUGGAGAGGUGGAACGGCUGCACUGCCAAGCCGUUAGGUGGGGGGUGUACCUAACCGAAAC